AUGUCCAAUUUUAGUUUUCCUGCAAGGAUUUUCGCCACCGGUCAUGAACCAGUAGGUGAGAGGGUUAACUCUUACCAAAAAUCGAAAGCCGUCAAGGCCAUCCUUAAUGCGCUUGAUCAUGAAGAAGCGAAGAGAUUACAAGACUCACAAUUGGGGAAACUUCUAGCGACUAUGGAGCAACCGUCGUUUUCCGGCAGUUUUGGCUUCUACAUGCUAUCUCGGCUUUUGCGCGUCAAGAAGAAGCACGAGUUGUGGUUCCUGUUCGCCGGUCGACCAAUUAGAUUUUCUCUUCGAGAGUUUGUAUUAGUCACCGGUCUGGAAUGUGGUAAGAUUGCCCAGAAAAAGAAGAAAAAAAAUCUGGUCUCCCAAAAACCAUAUUGGCCGGAACUAUUUGGCCUCCUAAAAUCGUGCACGGUAGAUUCGGUUGUCAUGAUGCUGCAGAAGAAAAAAAUAUCAGAUAAGGAGAAAAGGUUUAAAUGUGCUUGUCUUGCAGUAACUGCCGCUGUCCUGGUUCCUACAUCUCAUAUCACGAAGAUAAUUCCAGAGCAUGUAGAAUUGAUCAGGGAUAUUGACGAGUUUCUUUCAUACCCAUGGGGGAGAGUAGGUUUUGAUUUGCUGGUGUCUAGCAUCAAGUCAAAGGAUGAAUUGGAGUUGUCGCAGAAGACCAUUGCUGUUAAAGGUUUCUUCUACGCUGUUCAACUCGUUCUGAUGGCCGCCGUUCCAUCUCUAACCGAAGUUGUUCAGCCUCCAUUUGGUGAGUCUGAUAGCGAUGUUGAAGAUGAGAUUGGUAGUGGUGAUGAUGGUAAUAACGACGUUGAUGAAGCUAUAAUGCCGCAAGGGACUGCCACACCAGUAGCUGUGAAAAUGACUCUUAGUCCUAGUCAUGCACGGGAACUCGAUGAAGAUGAAAAGGUUGCUGAUGACACUGUUGAGGUUUUGGUGAAACUCAUAGGCGAAGGCUUUCGAUUCACCAAAGAUAUGUUUACAGGUGGAUUGUCUUCCACUGAUUUAACCCGCAUGCGAAUGGAGAAAGCUCAGAAAGAGAAAGAAGCCAAAGACAAGAAGAAGAAAGACAAGUCCGCUGAAAGCUCCGCCCCCGUUGUUCAUCUCGAACUUGAUUCAAUUGCUGAUUUGGUUGCUGAUAAGUUGAAAGUAGAGUUGCAGAGUUUCAAUAACAGGCUAAAGGAUCUCGAACCUGCUGUCUUGAUGCAGGAUACCAAAUUCCCAGAAGUUAUCUCCGGUUCACUUAAUUUUCUACAGAACGCCGUUAUCGAAAGUAUUAACGGUUACCUUAAUCGUAGAGACGCUACAAGAGGGUCAGACAAACCAGUCCACUUUAACUCACCGCAUUCGCCUCCCAAUAUCCGGUCAGGUGUCGAGACAAAAGUCGACAAUCCUCCUGUCUCGGUGACCCCUAUAGUCCUUGGAUUCUCACCCAGCAAACCCAAGUCUGUUUCUCAACCACUAGUCCCAACUUUUAACCACUUACCAAAGCCCACCCCCCUUGCAAUGAGCGAUGACGAAUUCCUGCGUAGUCUAACCCAAUCUAUUAACUCUCAGGCCAACGAUCCCUCCCGUAUUGGUGGUGAUAAACCCAUUAAUCCCUCAGUGUAUUCGCCGUCUAAUCCCAUGAUGACGAGCAAAGCUUUAGGUGGAGAGACAACACAACCAGUUGAGCAAUGUGGAUUAAAGCAGAGUGUUCUCAAUUCACUCCCCGAUGACAUGCUUAGAGGAAACACGAAAGCGAUGGAUCUGCUCAUAUCGGUAUCCCCAUCUUUCUCACUGGGAUUCACCCAAGAAGAUAAACGCGAGGAGCUUGAGCACCACGAUUUAAAUGUGAAGGCAACCAUGGGUGAGGAAGAUGGUCCACAUAAAAGCAAAAGAUUGAAGACGACUUCGGUUGUGUAUAAGGAUUACCAUUGCGGGUUCAACCGGCCAAACUCUAUCAAGCCACCGUUUUCUAUGAUGUGUGAUCCCAGUGUUAACUACGGUAUGAGGUUUACGGAGUUGAAAUCAAAGCUUCUGCAAGACAGCCGACCCGUAGAGGUUUAUGAGGGUGCAAGUGUCGCCACCAAAGAUGUUGUUGACAUUGGGGAGCGUGUUCGCGUCAUGCUUCCUACGGUGCUCGAUCCGUUAAUGUACUACCUCCGUCAGCAUUGUGGCCCGCAAAUGUAUCCGCAGAACUAUAUGAAGAUUGACUUCUUCGACACCAACUUCCCUAUCCUUAUUAAGUCUCAGUACGCCAAGUUUACUAAGACUGCCAUGAAAGAUCGUUCUAAGUUCAAAUUUUCAGCCACUUUGAUGCAUUAUUUUACACCAGAGAACCCACAGCGGUCUUCACCAGAGUCCGUUUAUUUCCCGUUUAACUUCGAUCAGAGACAUUGGGUUGGCGUAUGCGUUGACAUUACUAAUGCUUCAAUUUUGGUUCUUGAUUGCAAUGUCGCAUUCCGGACCGACAACGCCCUGAAAAGAGAUUUCGCCCCCAUUGCUAACUUGUUCCCAUUUCUUGUUAGAGCUGCAACCACGAAGGCACUCUGA